GAUUUGUGUUGUGGGCUGUCGUCGGUUGGUCCAGUAAUUUUGUUUCUUUUUCUUCUUCGUUAUAAGCAGUUUUGUGGUGUUAAUGAUUUCUCUUAGGAUUAAUAGUAAAUAAGUUAGUGAAGUGACGAUAUUAUUUAUUAAAAAUAGUUUAAGUUGAAUGUAAAGUUUGUUAUUCAUGGCUACCUCAAAGUCAGCUAACACCUACAACAGACAGAAUUGGGAAGAUGCAGAAUUCCCAAUUCUGUGCCAGACAUGUCUUGGAGAUAAUCCGUACAUCAGAAUGACCAAAGAAAAAUAUGGCAAGGAAUGCAAGAUUUGUUCAAGACCUUUUACAGUUUUUCGAUGGUGUCCAGGUGCAAGGAUGCGCUUUAAAAAGACCGAAGUCUGUCAGACAUGUUCUCGAUUAAAAAAUGUUUGCCAGACUUGUCUUUUGGAUCUGGAGUAUGGACUGCCCAUACAAGUGCGUGACACAGCGCUGCGCAUCAAGGAUGAUCUCCCGAGGUCUGAGGUCAACAAGGAGUAUUACAUACAAAACAUGGAUAAUGAGCUGGGCAAGGUUGAUAGUACAACCCCGGCCGGCACUAUUGGAAAGACGCAGGCUGCCAGUGACAUGCUGAUGAAGUUGGCUCGGACCACUCCGUACUACAAGCGUAACAGGCCUCACAUCUGUUCCUUCUGGGUAAAGGGCGAGUGUCGGAGAGGAGAAGAGUGUCCUUAUCGUCACGAGAAGCCUACAGAUCCUGACGAUCCCCUGGCUGACCAGAACAUCAAGGACAGAUAUUACGGAGUAAAUGAUCCAGUGGCUGAAAAACUUAUGAGGAGAGCUUCUGCUAUGCCUAAGCUAGAGGUUCCGGAAGACAAAAGUAUCACAACCCUUUAUAUCGGUAACCUAGGAGAAAGAAUUGGAGAAAAAGAAUUAAGGGAUCACUUUUAUCAAUACGGAGAGAUAAGGAGUAUAACUCACGUUGCCCGCCAGCAAUGUGCCUUCAUUCAGUUCACACAGCGGUCGGCAGCUGAGUUAGCUGCAGAGAGAACUUUUAACAAACUGAUUCUGGGCGGACGUCGCAUGAACAUCAAGUGGGGACGCUCACAAGGGCGACAGAACUCUUCGUCUUCUGCUGCGGACAAUGCAGAGAUCCUGGAACCAGUUCCUGGGCUGCCGGGUGCCUUACCCCCUCCACCGACCGAUUUACAAGACAAUUUUUUCAAUUUGGCCCAAUCGGAAAUCAUUCCUCACCCUCCCCCUCCACCUUUUCUCCCCCCUCCGAUGCUUCCCCUUCCUCCGAUGCCCCGUCCUCCCACUGGGUUACGUCCUGCAGGGCCACCCCCUCCUUUCUUCUUCCCUCCUCAUAUGCGUUUACCGCUUCGGGCUCCUAUAUUUGCCCCACAGCCGCCGCUCUGCCCGCCUGGGACGGCACCGCCCCUUCCGCCUGAGCCGACUCCUCUGGCCCCUCCUGGCACGAUACCUAUACACUAUCCAUCUCAGGAUCCAUCCCGCCUGGGAGCGCCUCAGAAGAGUUCCGUUGAAUAGUUGUAAACAAAAUUCACUGUGAACUGGCAAAUCUAAAAUGUAAGUGUGACAUCAAUAAAUGAAUCAAUUCUCUUCAUCAA